GGUAUACGACUGCAGCUCGGAAAAGAAAUCAGAAAUGGUGGCGACGCCUUGUAGGCCGUGGUACCGUUCAUGGCGUUGCUAUUUUGACAACUGUGCGUGCUUCGAUUAUGAAUGAACUAUACGGAUCAGUGAAAAAGUGCAUACCCUAAGAGGUUUCUUAGGAUGCUGAUCUGGGAAUCAGUUAUACUGGAAAGAACGGAAUAUAAUUUUAUAUUGGUUUUUCCUUGUUUCUAGCUGAAAAUGACAACUGAAUAUAGUAGGGCUGUUUUGAGAAUGGUCGUGGCACAAAUUUGCCAGACCAUUGGCUGGCAUUCUAUCAAUUCCACUCCUUUAGAGUUCAUGGUUGAUCUUAUGCAGGAAUAUCUUUUGCGAGUAUCAAAACUCACUCAUCAAUAUUCAGAAGUUUUAGGAAGAACAGAAGCAAAUCUGGAUGAUUUAGGUCUGGCUUUUCAACAUAUGAAUAUUGACAUACAGGAGUUAGCUGAAUAUGUGAAAAAUGUAGAUUCUGUGGCAUGUGCCAUUGAGGUGCCAAAAUUUCCAGUUCAUCGAGAUAAUCACUUAAAUUUUCUAAAGCCGGGCAGUCGAGAAGUUGUCACUAGACCUGUACAUGUGCAUGAACAUUUGCCUGCUAUGCAUCCUGAUACAGAAGAAGAGUACACAUCCGAAAGAGCUGAAAGUUUAACGAACGGUACAUCGGAAGUAGCUUCUACCAAUGGAACACCAUCAGGAGGAUCUGUUAAUGUGUCUCCGCAGAGGGUAUCGCCACAGGUGGUUUUUAAACGUCCAGGAGAUCCGGUAUCUUUUGAAAGUCCCAUAGCUAAACGUGCUAAAGUAAUGGAAGAAGGAAGACCACUACGUGAAAUACACAGUGUUAUGAUGACGACAUCUGGAUUUUUAUCACCUGCACGAGAGGGAAAACUACCGGAAGCUAGAACCCCGCACCAAGCUCGUUCAGAUUCUCCACCACCCAGUUCCUAUCCAAUGGUUCCACCGGAGCUCAAGUGUGAAAAGAAAUCGAAGAAGAUAGUAAAAAAGGGACCAGAGGAUCGUAAAUUAGACAAGGAAAACAAAAAGAAAAAUCGUGCCAAGGAGCUAUUUAAACCAGAUAAAAUAGAUGACAGUAAGGUAAAAAAACUUGCCGGUAUGAAGGAGUUGGCAAAACUAAAACCCUUAAAACCUGGAGGUGGUAAAGCGCAAGGUGCUGCAGCAGGUCCUUCGAAUAGACCUGCUACUCCAAAAUUAAUACCACCUAAAGCAGUGAGCAGUCCCAAAUUAACAAAAACCUCGCAACCCAAAGUCAAAAAUGAAAAAGUGAUAGAUCUAACGAGUAGUCCCCCAUUGCCUGACAGAAAGGAAGACAAUAUUGAUAAGCUUCCAUCUGAACCAGAUAAACAGAAGUUAAAUAUAUUUAAAAAGAUUUCGAAGCCUCGGGAAGAUAAGGAAAAGGAAGCACCCGAACAACACAAGUACAAAGAGCUUGACUCUCGGGAGAGUUCACCUGGUUUGAUAAUCGAUGAGAAUAUCGAAAAAUACUCUCAUCGCAAUGACAUCGAUGGAAAACGGGAAGAAAAGAAGACGCCUCAUACACCAGAUGUUCAUGUUCAACAUGAUAGUGAUUUAGGCGCCUUGCAGAGUCCAUCUUCGGACGUUUAUAUGUUUGACGACAUGUCACCUCCAGGAACACCGAGCACACCAAAGACACCCGAGCUCAAUGUACCUGCGCCCAUUGAUCAGAAGAAAAAACGAAAAGAUAAGAGUAGCAGAAAAAAGGAAUCAAAACUCAAGAGUCCUAAACAUUGCGUCAGUCCAAAGAAGAUAAAAGUAUCAAGCGAUAUUGUAGAACCGGAUAUAAUGGAUCGGCCGAAGACGCCACAGGCUCCAGAACCACCUAUGCCUAGAGAAACGAAUCUUCCACCUACGAUUCCGUUUCCAUUUUUUUCUACUUUUCCACCAGCACCAGGACUCAUUCCGCAUCCCAUGUUCCAAAGGUUCCCUUUGCCUAUGGGGAGAGGUGGUCCUGGACCCCAUCCAGCAAUGCCAAACUUACCUCUACCGCGAUUUCUUAACCCUGCUGCAAAGCCUGAUGAUUUCCCAUUGACGAAAAUGAAACUUCCUGAACGAGAGAAACCUACACCGCCCUUACCAACAGCUAUGGUCCCACCAUUGAUGAAAACUGAUAAAGUGGGAAAAGAGAAGCCAGAAAAAGUUGGGAAGUCUCUGAAUAUUGAAAAAGAUAUUUCUCUCCAAACUCUACCGCCCGUUAGCCCACCAUCAUCGGUUCCUCCGACUCCUGCAUCCAUUACGCCAUCGUUAUUACCGAAGAGUCCGAAAGUCGAAAGAGUUGAGAAAAAUGAGAAGUUGCUUUUGCAGAAGUCAAAGGAGCAUAAAAAGGAGAAGAAGGAUAAGUUAAAGAAGAAAAAGGAUAAAAAGGAGAAACAUAAGGAGAAAGGUGAAAAGGUAAAAGAGAAGAAAGAAAAGGGGGACAAGAAGGAAAAAACCGAAAAAAUUAAAGACAAGAAAGAGAAAAAGGAAAAACGCAAAGAUAAAGAAAAGGAUGAAAAAGUGACAGAGGGAGUUCCCAAAAUAACAUUCAAGUUAGGUCCAGCAUCGCCAAGACCACCUACGCCAGAUAACGCUCCCAUGAAAAAAAUUACAAUCAAACCCCUGGUCAAGAAGCCAGAAGAAGAUGUGAAUAGGGAGCCAAGUCCAGAAUUGGCCAAGAUCUCUGCAUUGGUAACACGGCCGCCGAAGCAAAAGUCAGCAAGUAAGAAAUACGACGAGGGGACAUUAGACGCAAGUCCUGCUCUUCCUUCAGACACUUCUUUCUCAACCAAUCAUACUAGCGUCCCACUCGCAUCAAUUCCUAGAGCCAAAAAGGCUCUCUUCAAAACCCAACCACUAAGAGUACCAUCUCCUCCGGUUCAUUAUGAUCCUCCCUCGAAAUCCUCGAGCCCCGCGUUACCGCAGCAGCAAGCAGCGUUCUACUAUGAUCAGGUUGGAAAACAAAUUUGGAUAUGUCCUGCAUGCGGAAACCAGGAUGAUGGAUCGGCUAUGAUAGGCUGCGAUGAUUGUGAUGCCUGGUACCAUUGGGUAUGCGUGGGUAUACAAGUGGCACCGGAUACGAACGAAAACUGGUAUUGCCGUGUCUGUAUCGCUAAGAAGCAAGCGCUUUAUCACGAUAAAAAGAAGAAGAAGCGUAAGAAGAAAGUUAAAACGACAGCCUAGUACAAGCUAACCGGGCCUAAUAUGCGGCCCGGUAUAUCGAGUCAGCCUGUCGCCAAAGUCAAAUUAAAGGGCAGUAAAAUGGGAAUGAAAGGUGUAAAGGGUAAGAAGAUUUCCAAGAAGGAGCUUAAAAUUCAAAUGAAGGCAUUUAAAGGGAAGCCUGUAAAAACCAAAGGAAAGGGUAAGAAAAGUGUGAUUAAAAUGAAAAGCACCCAGAAGAAUAAGAAAUUGAAGGACAUUACGGCCGUGUAAAUGGAAAGCGAAAAUAUUUCUCGUCUCUCCUUUUCAUACUAGAGAUAUUUGCGUUAUCUGGUAGAUCUCGUCUAAUAAUGUUUUUCUAAUUUUUUUCAAAAAAAAAAAAAAGUUGUUUCAUGGGUGCUGGACAUUCGUUACCGUCGAUGAGAACAUUAUUCUGGACAGCUGUGGCUAGGUUCGUUAAAUAGAAUUUUCUAUCUCAGUGUCUUAUUAGGAGGAUCGUAUGGUCCAGUCGACCGCAGAUUUUUGGCAUAACGAAUCCGCAAUAAAUUCUCUGAAGUAUUGGCACGAAUCAUGUCGCUUCGAAAAAUAAUAAAAUCUGGAUAACGAAUCAUUGUACUUUCCAUAAGCAAAUAGGAAGAGAGAAAGAAGGAAAAGUAUUCUCUUAGAAAUGGGAUACAAGAAAACUUAACGGCCGAUAAUAAUAUAGCGCGUUUCGUUUGUGUAGAUUGAAGCAUCUUUGUUGUUCUGUUUUAGAUAGUUUAAAGGGGGGGGGGGGUAUGCGUAUUUACAUGAAAAAUAAUUUGAAAAAAAAACAACAGGUAAGAUCAUUACGAAGAUUCGUUGUACUGUGUAAAUUAGAAAAAAAACAAUUUUUUGAUCGUACGACGGGCAUAAAAUUGCAAUUUUGCUCUAUGAAGAUCUCGUUAUUUCGCAAAACGCAUCAUGUUCAAGUAUUCAUUCAAGUAAUUAUAUGUGUGUGUGUGUGUGUGUGUACAGGCGCGCGCAGACACUAUUACAGAUACAACGUUCUUUGGAAAUAUUUCUCUUAUUUAAUUAUCAAUGCAUUCAUCUCUAAAAUAUCAUCAACGUAAUAAUUAUUUGUUCGCUAUUCUUGAACAUUUUACGUGGCAAAUCAAUGAGGUAUGGACUCUAAGUAAUAUAGGAAUCAUGAUUAGGAAUGAGUCGAGAUCUGAUAUCCGAAUUUAACAUGUUAUGUGGAUAAACUUAUUGGAUAAUUUUUCUAGAAAAUAGAUCAAGUUAUGACACGAUACAAGUCAUUUACUUUUUCGGAGAAUAAUUCUCCUGCUAGUCAUGCAAAACUGAAGUUUGACUACACGUCUGCAUUAUUGGGAAUAUAUCUUUCUUUGUCUUCUCUUUUCUCCUUUCAUAAUUAUUUUUCAUUGCCAAAAAAAUGGCUGAUCGAAAGAAUAUUAGCAUCAGGUAUUAAAGGUAUCGACUCAAUGCUAAUUUUUACACUUGUAAUUAUUAUAUAAUAUACAUUUUUUACCUAGACUACCAUAAUGUAAUAAUCGCGUCUCGAUCAAUAAACGUUUACUGUUCGUUUUUGCAAUUUUCUUUCUUUCAGUAAACCAUUAGGAGUUAGAAAAAAAUAAUGCUCUAAAUUCAAUCCUAAUCUCAGUUAUCACAAGAUAGUCACGAGGACACGAAAGUUUAUUGAUCGACAACAAAUAUUAUUGUAGGUGUGUACAUACUAUAAUAAAUAAGUAAUUCGAAAGGAAAUGUUAAUUUGAAAAAGUGUAAGUAAUGGUAACAUUUAUUUACACAUAGAUUUCUAAAAAGUGAAAAAAUUUCUUACGAUAUCAAGACGUUCCACUGUAAAUUUGUAGCUUAAUUAAAAAGCAGGUGAUUACAAAUUUUGACUAUCGGGCAUAGAUUCUGAAUCUACGUUAUGAGGUGUAAUGUAUCAAAGAUUUCAUGUACAGCUGAAAUAAUUUUACAUACAGCGUCUACCAGAUUCUAUGCUAUACCACGAUUGUUAGUCAUUCAAGAACGGUAUUUCGGUUGCUGAGAGGAGAGGAAAAAAUGUUUCUUGCUAAAAGGAUUAUCGUUAUUUAAACAGGCGCGCGUUUAUGUGAACGAAAUUAUUUCUGGAAUACUGUGUAUCGUGUAUUUUCAUCAAAUGGAACAUGAAUAUACCGCAUGGAUUAACAUAAAUAAGUGGAAGCGUCAGUGAAUAACGUUAAGGUUGUGGGAAUGCCAAGAGCUCAUGAACAUUGUAUAAUAUAAAAUUUGACAAUGAGAAA